UGCGUUUUGCUGCACCUCAGAUUCAGAGACGGAGUGUAUUCAGCAGCCGUUUACCGGGCCGUUUCUAUCCGUUACCGACACCGUGGACAAGCUAAAGGACCGCAGUUUAUGAGGACUGACGUGUGAUGUAAUGGAUUUAUACUGAGAUUGAGGAACAUUUCAAGGCAGUUUGAUGGCUAUGUCUGGGAGUUUAUGACACACUGUGGACACUUUGUGAGUUCCAACAAUGGAAGAGUGAGCGGUGUUGGCUGUAAUGAGGCAAAGAAAAAUGCAGACCAGUCAUGCAUCCAUUGGGGAUCUUAAUCAAAGGCACUCUAUUUUCACUGAUUCCCGGGACCCUCUCUCUUCUCUUGGAUAGUGUUAAAAUCAAGUUACAUCAUACAACAAGAAAGACAGUAUUGUUUAUGGAUGAUAUCAUUCUGUCACGAGAAAGAUGAAAUUUCCUUUUAUUAGAUGUCCCAGUUAAAACAAGGACACUGGUUUCUUAUGUUAAGAAGGUAAGCUCUGGAAAAGAUUCAGACUCAAAGGGUACACAAGACAGAUGAGGUUGCAUUAUGGCAGCUGAAUCUCCCCAACAGAAACAUUCACAUAUCUGGUUUGGAGGAGAGUGACAGUUGCAUGAUGCAGCGAAGUGGAGGCAUCGUCGGGAACAGCCUCCGGCGUGUGCGACUAACCUGGCUCAGUUUCUUGCUUUUCUGCAUCUUGGUCUUCUUCCCUCUCAUUGCACAUUACUACCUCACCACAAUCGAUGAGGCAGGGGGGCCGGAUAAGCGUAUCUUUGGGCCAAGACCUGGAGGAGAGCUGUGUGAAGCCAAGCAUGUGCAAGACCUUUGCCGAAUCCGGGAAUCCGUUAGUGAGGAGCUACUUCAACUGGAGGCAAAGCGCCAAGAACUCAAUGGCGAGAUCGCCCGACUUAACCUACGCAUUGAGGCCUGUAAACGUAGUAUCGACAGUGCCAAACAGGACUUGCUGCAACUCAAGAAUGUCAUCAGCCAGACAGAGCACUCUUAUAAGGAACUCAUGGCACAAAACCAGCCAAAACUGUCUUUGCCAGUUAGACUUUUACCUGACAAAGAUGAUCCAGGGUUUCCUCCUCCAAAAUCAGCACAAAACUGUCGUUUGCAUUCUUGUUUUGAUUAUGCGAGAUGUCCUCUUACAUCUGGCUUCCCUGUCUAUGUUUAUGACACUGGAUCCUAUCCUUGGGGUGAAAAGUUGGAUCCUCUUGUUAAACAAGCCUUUGCAUCAUCAGUCAAAAGCAGUGUAUACGUGACCGAUAAUCCACAAAUUGCUUGUCUCUAUGUAGUGCUUGUAGGGGAAGUACAAGAUUCACCCUCUUUACCACCUUCACCAUUAGACCUUGAAAAGCAGCUCAAGGCUUUGCCAUAUUGGAGGUUGGAUGGCCACAACCACCUGCUAGUUCACCUGUCUAGAAAGUCUCUGACACAGAACUUCCUGUACAAUGUGAGCACAGGUCGAGCAGCAGUAGCACAGUCUACCUUCUUUGAACGUCAAUAUAGAGAGGGUUUCGACAUGGUGGUCUCACCUCUAGUCCAUGCCCUGUCUGAGCCCAACUUUCUAGAGGUGCCUCCACAAGUCCCGGUGAAGAGAAAGUACCUCUUCACUUUUCAGGGAGAAAAAGUUGAGUCUUUGAGGAGCAGUUUGCUUGAAGCCCCACCACAGUCCUUUGAAGAGGAAAUGGAAGGGGAUUCACCAGCUGACUAUGACGAUCGCAUUAUUGGCACACUUAAAGCUGUACAGGACAGUCACCUUGACCAGGUUCUUGUAGAGUUCACUUGCAAGAAUCAGGCCAAGCCUUGUUUGCCAACAGAGUGGGCACUAUGUGGGGAGCGUGAGGAUCGUUUAGAGGUACUAAAGGUUUCUACUUUUGCCCUGGUGAUAUCUCCAGGUGAUGGACAGUUGGUGGCAUCCACAGGCUGUAGCAUGAGACUGUUUGAAGCUUUGGAAGUUGGGGCAAUACCGGUGGUUCUUGGCGACCACUCAAAGUUGCCCUACCAUCACCUCAUACGCUGGAGUGAGGCAGUUAUUAUGGUACCCAAGCCUCGCAUUACGGAGUUGCACUUUCUGUUGCGGAGUAUCUCAGACAAUGACCUUCUGGCGAUGCGACGGCAGGGUCGGUUUCUUUGGGAGACAUACCUCUCCACCUCAGAGAGCAUCUUCAGCACUAUCCUGGCUAGUGUACGAACCAGCAUCCAAAUACCAGCAGCACCCAUACGUGAGGAACCUGCCCAGGAGAUCCCCCACAAAGCUGGAAAGUUGGCAGGAACUGAUGCUAACAUGGCUGACAAUGGUGACCUGGAUCUGGGGCCCGUUGAAGUAGAGCCCCCUUAUGCUUCACCCCGCUUUUUGCGUAAUUUCACAUACACUGCUGCUGAUGUCUACCGCACCUGGAAUCGUGCACCUGGCCCUUUCCAUCUAUUCCCAAAUACUCCCCUGGACCCUAUACUGCCCUCAGAGGCCAAGUUUUUGGGGUCAGGAACUGGUUUCCGCCCUAUUGGUGGAGGCUCUGGGGGAUCUGGAAAAGAGUUUCAGGCUGCACUAGGAGGGAACUUCCCACGGGAGCAGUUCACCGUGGUCAUGCUUACUUACGAAAGGGAGGAGGUUCUUAUGAACUCACUGGAGAGGCUAAAUGGCCUUCCUUAUCUCAACAAAGUGGUAGUAGUUUGGAAUUCCCCCAAACCACCUUCCGAUGACCUCCUCUGGCCAGACAUUGGGCUACCCAUUGUGGUGGUACGUACAGAGAAGAACAGCUUAAACAAUCGCUUCAUUCCCUGGGAUGCAGUCGAGACUGAGGCUAUUUUGUCUAUCGAUGACGAUGCCCACCUACGACAUGAUGAAAUUAUGUUUGGGUUCAGGGUGUGGCGGGAGGCCAGAGACCGGAUCGUGGGGUUCCCGGGAAGGUUUCAUGCCUGGGAUGUAAACCACCAGUCUUGGCUCUACAAUUCCAACUACUCUUGCGAGCUCUCCAUGGUGCUGACGGGUGCCGCCUUCUUCCACAAGUAUUACGCAUUCCUCUAUUCAAACGUCAUGCCUCAAGCCAUCCGUGACAUGGUGGACGAGUACAUCAACUGCGAGGACAUUGCCAUGAACUUCCUGGUGUCGCAUAUCACACGCAAACCCCCCAUCAAGGUGACGUCACGGUGGACUUUCCGCUGCCCCGGCUGUCCGCAGGCUCUGUCGCACGACGACUCGCACUUCCACGAGCGUCACAAGUGCAUCAACUUUUUCGUAAAAGUCUACGGAUACAUGCCGCUGCUAUACACUCAGUUCAGAGUGGACUCCGUACUCUUCAAGACUCGACUGCCCCAUGACAAGACAAAGUGUUUUAAAUUCAUUUAGGGGACGGAAAGAAGCACAGAAAUCCAACGGAAAACUGACAUAGGACGUUGUCUCUCUGGGGAUGUGAAGGAAAAUAAAGCUUUCUUGUAAAUAUCGGAGAAUUUUACGUGGAAUUUGUCUCCCUUGAAGUGAAGGGAGUACAAAUACGGGAAGAAACUAUUACCAUCAGGCGUUUUGAUUCAUCGGCAACCACUACAGGUUUUAUUUGCACCACUUUUAACAGUCGUGGGAAAAUGACGUGGACAUCUGCAACUGGGAAAUGUAAUUGGGUGUCAAACGAAAAUUUGAAUCCUGUUAUACUGACUGAAAAUGCAGAGUUACGGGCAAAUGGAGGCUAUUUUUGAUGCCAUAACUGGAAAAAAACAGAUGUGUCAUCACUCUAAACGGUUUAUGUUUUUAUUUUUACAUUCUAUAUACUCUCUUGUAUAAAACGCACUGAUGGUCAUCAUUUUUUUUUAACUUGUUUGUGUGUCUUGUGAGCGUGAAUGACUGUGUGUGCGUUUUCUGUUGGAUGUCGGUGACUAAACGUCACUAAUCCACAUCAAGUCAUUUUUGAUCAUCUGUAAGAAUAGCACAAGACUAAUACAGUUCAUUUGUGUGAACGCAACAACAUUAAACAUCACUGCAUAGGAUAAGCACCAGAUCAAAUCAUUGAAUGUGUUCACCUCCGUCACAAUCAUACCAGAAAACAAAAUGUCUGGAUAUAACAGAAUAAGGAAUUCAACGUCUUUUGCUGGAUAACCACGUCUUGUUUGUGUCAUUUUAAUAAGGUCAAAUGAGUCUCACAUAGAAAUGUAUGUUAUCAGAAUUUACCCCAAAAUCUAAACAAACAGAAAUACAUUUUGAACAAAGAUAUUUGCAUAAAGAUAUUUGCAUUGUGAAAUUAUUUUCAUGGCAGUUAAGGAUAUUGUCCCCCCAAAUUUACAUUACCGUAAUGUGACUGGACUUUACCAAGUUUAAAAACAUUUUUUAUUACUAAGUAUUUAAUUUUUUUUAUGUACUAAAUUUUUUUUCUUCUAUUUAAAUCAACAUAAAUUGAAUGCAGUUUAUGAUUUAUAAAUACUUCCGAUUAUAUAUUUUAUAUAUCGGAAUUUUUCCAUGCUAAUAAUAUCACUGCAAAUGCUUAUGAUAUUCUUAUUUUCUUUAUGCUAAAAUUUACAUUUUGGGAACAUUUUUAGGUAUGUUAAGACAAUUUUUUGUGACUAUUUUCAAGGCAAUUAAGCACCCCCUCCCCAAAUUCUCACAUGAGGUUACUUAAUUUUCAUUACUCUCAAUGGUGACAUUACUGCAAAUGCUGAUUUAAUAAGUUAAUUACUGUAAUACCAUUUUUUGUAUGCAGUACAACAAAUAAUACCAUGAUUUAUAAAUACUUUACAAUUUAAGUAAUUUUAGUGGGUGAAAUAUGGUUUAAUUACCAUAAAUCACUGUAAAAAAAAAGUCAAUAAUUGUCCUUAAAAUAGACUUUAUGCAAAAUAUAAUUUCCCAAGAAAGUGCAGCCCGUUUUUUGGGACUACUAAGAAUGUUUGCAUUUUAUAUUAUUUUCAUGACAAUUAAACACGUUUGCCGCAUUUUACCGUAAUGUAAGAAUAGUUCACCCAAAAAUGGAAAUUCAGUCAUUGUUUCACACCCCUGUGUUGUUAUAACCCCAUAAGACUUACUUUCUUUUUCUGAACACAAAGAGAGAAAUUGUGAAAAUGUUUGUGCUCUGUGAUGUCAUACAAUGGUAGUUUAUGGUGACCACCUAUUCAAGCUUCAAAAGGGCACAAAAGUAUAAUUCAGAAGUCUAAUAGAUUAUUCCAUGAGACUCAUGAUUGAUAUGAAAGCAUACGAUAAGAUUUGGUGAGAAACAAACUGAACUCGAAUGUAUUAUUUAGUGAAAAUGUUCACUGACCGUUGAUCUCCUGUGAGCAUUCAUGAUAGGGCUCGAGAGCAACAGUUCACGCAGGCCCCUCGCGACAUUGGGGCGUUCAAUUGAAAACUAAUCUUGUUUAUUUAAAAACAGGUCCACCACAGAUAUGGCAACAAAAGAGCACAACGCAUCUGCACACAAAACAGAGAACAGAACUUUCUAAACAUGUCUGAAGAGGUUGUACUAGAAUAAUUGAUGCAUUUCUAUGCCCAGCCUUAUUUUAUUUUAACCAGAGUCUUCUAUCAAACAGAGAGAUGGAGUAGGCAGGAAUUUCUGUCACCUCUUCUCCAUUCUGAACCGGUGAGUAUUUGUGACAGACUUGAAGAGAGAGAGACCUCCGCAAAAACAUUCAGUAGGUGUAACAUUCACGGCCAAAGUCAAGUAGUUUUUAACUGGCUCAUGAGAUGCUGACUUUAAUAUACUGUUAUGAGAAAGUUUUUGGACCAGUGCAAGUAUUUUCGGUUGCCGAAAAUAGAAAACAAGCAAUCGAUAGAAUAAACCAUCGCUGGUUAGGACAAAAACUCUGAUUACCAUAGAAAAUAUACCUUUUAUCGCAUGUUGUUUGCCGUCAGGUUUGAACACUGUGUGACUGUGGCUGCUCUGUUUAAAAAAGGCUGGGCAUAGAAAUACAUCAAUUCUCUGACUACAAACUCUUCAGGCAUGUUUAGUAAGUUCUGUUCUUUGUGUUGUGUGCUGUUGUUGCUAUCGCUGUAGUAGACCUGUUU